AGAGCAAUUUUGGUAGAAAAGUAAAUUUUAUGGGACAAAACAUAAAUCGAAAUGAAAAGAAUGUUUAUUUUUCAGUCAAGUUCGGGUAAACAUUAGAAUAAUAAGCUGAUUUGAUUUUUUUAUGAAAAACGUCAAAUUUGAAGUUCAGGAUGUAAGACUCGACAGUAAGAGAAGUGUAAAAUUAAAGACGUCUCUUGAAUGCUGUCAAAAUGACAUCAACUGUGAAGACUGACGACUCCGCUUCUUUGGAGGAAGCAGAAGAGAAAGAUGAAAUUCUUUUCAACGAAGCUAAGGCAUGUGAAAAAUCUGAAGCUCCAUGUGAUGAAGAAAAAUCAAGUGAUGAAGUUGAAAUUUUAGAAAGUGAAGAUGACUCUUCUACUAGCAAUGACAUGGAAGAUGAUAAUGAAAUUUUUGUAAAUGGAAAAAAUAAUAAGAAGCCAAAGUUUUGGUUGAAAAGUGAAAUAUCCAGCCAAAAAAGUGAUGCUAGUGAUAGCAGAUCUUUUAAUAAUUCAGAGUCUGAAGAUGAACCUGAGCUACCGUCAUCUGAUAGUAAUUCAGACCAGUCAACAGGUGGAACUUCAUUGAAGUCGCUAAAGACAUUGGGAAUCACAAUAAGCAACUCACAAAAGACAUGGAAAAGUCUUAGUAGUUUACGAAAGAGAGAGUUAGGAUUGAACAUGCCAUGUUUGUUUGAGAGAAAUAUUUCUGGCUCAGUUAACAUGAUCCAAAAAUUCAAACUAGAAAGAAAUUUAACACACCAUGAAGGGUGUGUUAAUACAUUAAAUUUCAAUGAAACAGGUGAACUAUUAGCCUCUGGAAGUGAUGAUUUGAAAAUAAUCCUUUGGGACUGGUUUACUGCAAAGAAAAAACAUCUCUAUGACAGUGGUCAUACAGGCAAUGUGUUUCAGGCAAAGUUCAUGCCAAAUACAAACAAUAACAUAAUUGUUUCCUGUGCUCGUGAUGGCCAGGUUCGUGUUGGUUUUUUAUCAUCUGCUGGUAUAUCCACUCAAACAAAAUGUCUUACUCAACAUAGAGAUGGUGCUCACAAGUUAAGUAUUGAGCCGGGUUCACCUAACAUAUUUCUUUCUUGUGGAGAAGAUGGACAAGUAAUAGAGAUUGAUUUACGGAUGGAAAAUGACAAAAAUUGCCGGCACUUCAUAUGCAGAACAGAAAAGAAUGCAAGAGUACCUUUGUAUUCAAUAUUCAUAAAUCCUAGCAAACAUGAAGAAUUUGCUGUUGGUGGUCGAGAUGUAAAAUGCAGGGUUUAUGAUCGGAGACAAAUGAAGGAGGAUGUUAAUGAAAAAAUGCCAAUAGUUAAAGAGUAUUAUCCUCAUAAAUUUGAAACCAAUGAUACAGUUCAAUUUAUCAAUAUAACAUGCCUAGUCUAUUCACAUAAUGGCUCAGAAAUACUUGUGAGUUAUAAUGACGAAGAUAUAUAUUUGUUUGAUGCAAACACUAGCUCCAAUUCAGAUUACAUUCACCAGUAUAAAGGCCAUCGCAACAGUAUGACAGUUAAGGGUGUAAACUUUUAUGGUCCUCGAAGUGAGUUUGUUGUGAGUGGAAGCGACUGUGGUCAUGUUUUUCUUUGGGACAAGACAACAGAAAGUAUUGUUCAAUGUCUAGAAGGAGAUGUUGCAGGAGUGGUGAAUUGCUUAGAACCACAUCCUUAUUUUCCUUUCAUGGCUACAAGUGGUUUGGAUCAUGAUGUCAAAAUAUGGAGUCCAACCUCACAUGAAAAGAUUAACUUGGAUGAAAUUGAAUCGAUUGUAGUUGCCAAUGAUCAAGAGAGAAAUCUCGACAGAAGAGGGACAAGUCUUCCAGCUAGCAGUGAUAUUUUCAGGUUUAUGGUCAACCAAUUGGCUGGACGCAGACGACAAGGAGCUUGGACUGCAGAUGGUGAUGAUGAAGACGAUGAGCUGAGUUCAGAUGACGAGGAACGCGUUCAAUGUUAUCCAUCUUGAAUUUUAGGGAUUUUUGAAAACACAACUUUAUGUGACAUUAGAGUAUGAACUUUGUGUUGUAAAUGUAAAAAACGCGGUAGAGUUUUGUGUUAAUAAAGAUGAAUGUAUGACGUUGUUGUGACGCAUAUUUUAUUA